GGCCUCUGGAGUCAAGGCUAUUCACUAUUUCUUUCUUUCUUCGUAGGGUUUAAGGAUUUAAGCUCAAAAUCAAGAAACAAAAGAGCAAUAAAAUUGAGGGGGAGGGUUUAAGGCUUUUCAGAUAAGAAGAGAAAGAAAGAGACCGAGCUAAAGAUGGCUAGUGAAACUAACAAAACAAGUGGAAGCAAGAAGAGUGGAGGAGGCAAUGGUGGUUUCAGGGCUAAAUUGGAUCAUUACCUGUAUAGUGGGGAAAAGAAGCAUGUCAUCGCAGGCAUAGCCAUAAUUGGCGUCCUCUUUGGGGUUCCUUGGUACCUCAUGAACAAAGGCUCAAAACAGCAAUCUCAUCAGGACUAUAUGGAAAGAGCUGAUAAAGCACGAAGUGAGAGACUUUCAAAAGGUUCAUCAGCAGCUUCAACAUCUUAGUGUGGGGAAAAGCUAGCUCGAUGAUUGUCUGAUCAUGGUUCAUCGGACUUGCUGUUUCCUUUAUACCACCCUAGUCCGUUCUAUUUUUUGUGCUCAACAGAGAGUAAUGGAAGCUUCAUUAGGAUUUUUCAGAUGUUAUAAUGUUGCUGCACCGUUGUUUAUAUGUGAAUUGUUAAGGCGUAGGCUCCCUUUUACAUUUGAUUUGACCAUCAUGUUCAAGAAGAGCAUUUCUAUUUCAAGAAAUUGGAAAGCAGGAAACUUCUGCAUUAAUAAUGAAAAUCAGACGGUUGGGGGAGUCAAUUGAUGUGCCUUGUUGUCAUGAGAAAUACGGCCAGGAUGCUGUUGGUUUAGAAUAUCACCAUCUCAUACUCUGCAUCCGGCAAAAGGAUGGAUUGAAGUUUGAAUGUAUCCCGAAAACCGAAAUUUGUUAUGGUUAGAAAUUCGCAGACGUGUAUAUUUUCUGCA